GUGUGUUCCAAAAAAACUCAACUUUUUUUUUUUCUUUUUCUUUUUCUUCUUUCUUUUUUUCUUUUUAUUUUAUAUAUUUUUAUUUUUAGAUACACUCCUUUCUACUUUUUUUUCUUCUUUUUGAACCAAAGUGUAUACUAUUAGUAUUUGACUUAUUCCAUAUCUUAUUGGAAAGAAUACUAUGAUUUCCACUAGAUAUUCUGAGGAUAAUAGUAUUCAUUCUGCUGUGGAUUCUUUAUCUGAUCAAUCUCAAGUCAAAACUCCUGCUUCUGCUCGUCCCCGUCAAAUUCACAAACCUACUGUUACUUCAAGAAGACAAUCUCAACUCCUUUAUGCUGAAAAAUAUGGUCUCAAUUCAACAGAAUGGAAAACUACUCAAUAUGAAGACGACGAUGACGACGAUGACAAUCGACCUUUAUCUAUGCAACCACGAUCUUAUAGUUAUUUUGCCUUAACUAAUAAUACGAACAGACGUCCUCGAUCCAUUUUCAAUCUCAUGGAACAUUCAACAACAACAGUACGACCUUCAAACUUUGUCAAACCUGCUCCCGCUAACGUCUCUUCACUUUAUACUGUACCCGACGAUAUGAUCUCAUUUCAACGACUUUAUGAUCAAUAUCAAAAAAAAGUCUAUAUAGAAGGUUUUGUUUUCAAACGUACCGAAUACAACUCUGAUGGUUCUUUAUGUCAAGACGAAUGGUCAAAAUUAUACGUUGAAUUAUCUGGUCCUAUUCUUUCACUAUGGGAUGGUCGAAAAUUGAAUGAUCUUAAUAACACUUCUGGUACCAUCUUGCCUCAUUAUAUCAAUGUUAUGGAUGCAACUGUCAAUUUGAUGAAGGAUACAACUGAUAUGGUGAUACUCAAUACAGCCGGACGUAAUCAAUAUCUUAUUCGCCCUGAACCCCGUACUUCAUCUGCAGCUCAACAAUGGGUUACCGCCAUCCGAUUAUCCUGUUUCGAAUGUGCAAGACUAUUUGAAAUAUACACACGAUCCCUUCUUUUAAGACCUAUUUACAAACAUGUACGACAACUUUCAACAAAACAACAACAACAACAAAAACGACGUAUGGAAGGCUUUGUUCAAGCUCGUCUUACUGGUGAUACUGAAUGGAAAAAAUACUGGGUUGUGGUAUGUGAUCAACGGGAUGAAAAGCGUUUGUUUGGAAAGACGAAAUCUGUACCCUGCAAAGGACAACUCUUGUUCUAUCAAUCCAAAAAAUCCAAAUAUCCUUCCUACACCAUGAUCAACAUUGUUCAAGCAUAUACUCUUUAUCCUGAAACUCCUCAGCUCAUUGAUAUGGCGACUAUGUUUAAAGUAGAAGGUACCACCAUGACAACAACUGAUCUCAAAUCUGGCGAACAAGGUACAACUCAACAUUCAACUGGUACUUUACUCAUGGCAUCCAAUACCAAAGAACUCGUACAAUGGUUGAUGGCUGUUUUUGAUGUCUUCAAAUUAUAUGGACGCCCAACAUGCUUAUUAGAUGAUCCUUGCAAUCCUAGUUCCCUCAAUUUUGGUGAAACAUCAAACACGGAUUCUCGACUCUUUUUGGAAUCUAGUGAUGUCAUGCAUCUACCUAUUCAAAACGUUACCUUACUCGACAGCAAAACUGCAUUUAUGAAAGUGAUGGCUCAAAAAAUGUUGAAAACUGCUUCAUCAUGUCCUACUAUGCCUCUCAGUGCCUCCAAACCUCGGGCAAAUAGUGCUCCUCUUUUAUCCAACAUGGCACCUGACCACAUCAUGAAUCAACAACAUAAGGUAUCCCAAUCCAAUAGCCUUGCUUCAAUACCCCAUCGUGCUUCGGUUAUGUCCAUAUCUCAAUCUCACCCUAUGAUUUAUGCAAGUGAUGACAGUGAUGAAGACAAUACUGAAGAAUCUGAUGACGAUGAUCAAAGUGAUGGCGAUUCUCUGUUUAUUAGCACCUCUACUCCUCAAUUCAUGGCACUUAAUGAUAAUAGCAAUAAGGAACUACAAUCAGCAACGGAACCAAGUACACCUUCACCAAUUACUUCUGUACAUCCAUCAAAGGAAUCCACAAAAAUAUUAUCUGUUGCGGAUGAUGAGUAUCAGAACAAGAAUGGCGAUAAUAUGAUGGACUUUGCAAAAAAUCUUCUUUCAACAUUUGGUACCGAACCUAUGCCAACAACAACUUCAUCCAACAAUAGCAUGACAUCUCUCACUAAUAUUAAUUCACAAUCUCUAUCACCAGUACAUACAGCUUCGCCUUUACCUACAGCCGCGACUAAUAUCGAUGAUGUACCAACAAGACCAGUAGUGAUUGACAACAAAAUACCUAUUUCAAAAAGAAUGUCAGUGGCACAAUUACCAAGUGACGAUGAAGAUUCUGAUAAUAACCAUGAUGAUGAAAACGAUGGACAUGGAUAUAUAGAAGCAUUGGGAAAGAUGAAGAUAUCUACAUCAUCAAGUUCAUUCUCAUCUUCUGGGCGACCACUCUCUACCACCAUGUUAUCUUCUUCAACAGCAGCAACAACACCAUCCACCACAUUCUCCAAUCGAUCAAGUGCGGCAACCAACAGUGAGGGUAGUAGCAGUAGUAAUACAAGCACAAGCGGCAACAGUUUACAGCAACAGUAUCAACAACAACUUCAUGGAAAAAUGAAACGACAAUCUGUCGUGCCACCGCAACCUAUGAAAUCAACAUCCACCGCCACAUCAUUAUCAAGACAGCAAAGACGAUCAUCAUCUAUGGGUCUUGUGCAUAAAAUUGAUUAUAUGCAACAGCAACAACAGCAACAACAACAACAGCAGCUUCAUGAACAACAAUCAUUAUGGGAAACUGGCUCUUUAAUGGGAACUGAUCCAAGGAUAGCUUCUUAUGAAUAUAAACCUCAACAACAACAACAACAAUCAUAUCGCUCCUCUAUGGAAACAGCAUCUAUGAAUGGAAAUGUUGGAGGAGGUAUUGAUCCAAGGAUUGCCAUGUAUCGUCAAGGUGGAAGCAUGUAUAAUGGCGUAGGAAGUAGUGGUGGAAGCAUGUAUAGUGGUAUAGGAGGUAGUGGUGGCAGCAUGUACGGUGGUGCAGAUGAUUACCAAAGAAUGAUGCCAGGUCAACCUCUUGUGCAUAUGGAAACCAAACCCUCAGAACCUCGAUCUGGCCUAGUUGGCAUGAUUUCUCAAUUAGAGGAUGAAAAACGUGAAAAAGAAAAGAAUCGUUUCUCUACAACUAUGUCAACAUCUUCACAACAACAACAAUUCCAAGAUCAACUUUUAUAUCAACAACAAUUACUUCAACAACAGAUGAUGAUGAACAAUCCUUAUAUGAUGAAUCCAAUGAUGAUGAACACAAUGAUGAUGAAUCCCAUGAUGAUGAACACAAUGAUGAUGAAUCCAAUGAUGAUGAAUCCUAUGAUGAUGCAACCAUGGUCCGUCAAUGGCAAUUAUGGCAUGAUCAACCACAAUCAACCAUUGAAGGAAGAAGAUGAUGAAGAGGAUGAUGAUGUACCCUUAGCAAGACCUAUGACAGCUAAUCAAUCAAGAAAUCGUAGACAAAGUACAAGUCGUUAUUGAAAUAGGUUCCUUUAUACAUUAGAUUGAUGCCCUCAUUCUCUCUUUUUUUUUAUUAUUAUUAUUAUUAUAUAUUAUUAUUUUGUUCCAUAUCUCACUUCUGCACUUUACAUUCACUCAUAGUUUAUUUUCUCAAUGACAUUCUCUUUCAUUCACACUCCUCUCCCCCCCUUGUUUGUUUUCUCCCUACUCAUUGCUCCCUUGUUUUCCUGUCUCUUGUUUUUUUUUCAU